GUUCACGGAGAGCAAGAGAGAAAGCGGUGGCUCCCGGUUGUCAAAUUAUCUCAACGAUCAAGCUGUCUAGCAAGCAGAUGCCCAGGAAGCAAAUAUGUACUUUUGGAGUGACCGUCGUUGGUUUGGGGAGAAGGAGGCACCAGCAUGGGGGGAUGCAUAGACACUUUGGGUGGCGGGAGUGAACACCAUGACUUCAUCUCCAAGAACACCCUCCACUUCCAAAAGGUCAGCCGCCUGCCAUGGCUCCCCCAGACGUGCUAGUUCCCCCUCUCCUUUCCGGAAUGAUUCUACUCCUCUUCCUUCAAUCAAUGAACGUCUGGCCUAUCUCCGCCCCUCCCGGCAACUGCUGGAAUACUACCGGAAGAAAAUUGCAGAAUUUGACGAAGAGCAUGAGGAGCUGGUCAAAAGACUGGAGAGAUACAAAGCAACAUACGAUGAGCAGCACAAAUUACAGUGGGAAAUGCGUCAGCGAGAAGAAGAAAUUGCAGAGCUGCAGAAGGCUUUGAGUGACAUGCAAGUUUACCUCUUUCAAGAGAGAGAGCACGUGUUGCGUCUUUAUGCUGAGAAUGAUCGGCUGAAAAUCAGGGAGCUGGAGGAUAGAAAGAAAAUCCAGCACCUUUUGGCUUUACUGGGAACAGACAAUGGCGAAAUUACCUAUUUUCACAAGGAACCGCCUCACAAGGCCACUGUACCUCAAAGACUAACCAAGAGCAGAGAUUCACAUGAUCGAAGUGAUAAGCAUACUACAAAAGCAGGUGUUAAACUCCCUGCUGCAACACCAGCAGGUAAGGGAGAGAAACCAGAAAGUGGGGAUAGAUACCGGAGUGAUGAGCAAACACUCUUAUUACAGGUUGAAGCUCUUCAGGCUCAACUAGAAGAGCAGACCAAGCUAUCCAAGGAGCAGAUUGAAACAUUGCUGGAGGACAGACGAAUCCGUAUAGAAGAGACUCAGGUCCAGCAUCAGAGAGAUCAGGAGAAGAUCAAAGACCUUACUGAGAAAUACCACAAAGCUCAAAACUUGCUGUACGAGAGCACCAGAGAUUUUCUCCAGAUGAAGUUUGACGCACGGGCAAAUGAGAAAUCCUGGAUGGCAGAGAAGGACAAUCUACUUAGGAAGCUGGACAAAAGCAAAGAUGCAUCUAAACAGAGCAGGGUUCAGUGGGGCAGCAGUCAGGGUCGAGAGGACAUCAACAGAAGUCGGGACAGCAGCCCUGACCAGUGGGACAGCAGUCCUGACCAGUGGGACAGCAGCCCCUGUCAGCAUAGUGUUGGCAGAGGAGCAGCUUCUGGCAGGAAGCCAGACAGCCACAAGAAAAGGAAAGGGAAAGAUGGCAAGCGUGUUUCUCGAGCACAGCAUGAAUGUCAUAAACUCUACAGUGCAGAUAUUAAGGGGCUACAGGAGCAAUUAACACAGGAGCAGCGACUAGCAGACAUGUACCGAGAGCAGUGUGUUUCCCUGGAAGAGGAGCUGGCUAAGAUUCGAGAGGAAGGAGAUGUAGGGCGAGAGAUCUUCAAGGAACGCUCAGAAAAGAUGGGGAAGCGCCUGCAGCUGUUGACCCAGCGCUACGAGGCGUUGGAAAAACGGCGUCUCAUGGAGGUGGAAGGCUUUAAGACGGACAUUAAACAACUUCGGCAAAGGCUGAAGGAAGUCGAGAGGCAGCUUUUCAAGGUGACAAUGACUGUGGGGCCAGACCAAGACCUUGCAAUUCUGCAUGAAGUUCGCCAGGGGAAUAAGAGAACUAAAAAAAUUCAAGGGGAACUGAAAAAUUUAAAGUCAAAGAUCUAUGGGCUGGAAAAUGAGCUCAGAGUCUGCUGAUAAAGAAACGCCAACCAACACCAGUAGCAUAGAUAAAGGCCAUUGUGGCAACAGCUUUCUCAUAUCUUUAUUUUGUGACACAACAUGUACAGUAGCUUGCUCUGACUGUAGGAUGUAGCUUUAUGCUCCAGGACUGAAGGAGCCUAUUAAAGCUAAUGUGAGAUUUGGAAAUAAACUCUUCUUACCAUC